AUGAGGGAGUGUCCCCAGGGGGAGGCAGCAGCUAUAAGACCCGGAGAGGGCGCAGUGCCGCACGUGCGCCGCUGCCUACUGGCUGCAGGGUCUGGCGGGGCCAGGAAAAGACGCCGGAUAUGCAAAUUUACGCCCCUCCCGACCUCGGCCACCGCCGCCUCCUCCUCGCCGUUCCAAAAUACCGCCCAAACACCGCCCGCGCCAAGUGUUAUUAGCAAAGGAAAUGGUCUUUCCGGCCAGCUGACGUCUCCAGGUCGCAGGGCAGACUCGCUUAAGAGCGCGGCAGUUUGGGCGCGUGAGCAGCGGAACUGCAAGUCGGAGGCGUGCCCGCUUCCUCGAAGGCCUUUCCCAGGAGCUUUGGGAACGACGGCCAUUGUGCGCGGCGGCGGCGGUGGGCCGUCCGUGGCCUGGCUGUGUUCGCAGCCGGAAAUUAGCGCGCCCGGCCACGUCCGGCCGCCCGCCUGGGAACCCAGAGCUGCCAAUUUUUACAGGAUGUCUGAAAAGUCAACGAAGCCAGAUGAGAACGAGCCGUCCCAGUGGCUGGCCUGCCUUAGCGAGGGAGUGGGCGCGCCUUCCGGAGAAGCCAUGUGGCUGUUGGACCUGCCACAGCCCGCGCUCACGCACCACGACUGCGAGAAGCUGCUGUGCUUCCGCUACUACAGCGGGCUGAACCUGUCGUGCCUGGCGCAGUCGGAGCCGCUAUCGGCCAAGCGGUCCCCGCGGCGCUCGGAGAGCGACUCGGAGCCGGAGGCGGCGGCGAGGCGCCUGCGCGCCCACCACCCCAGGGCCGCCCCCGCAGUCGCGGCCUCCACCUCCGGCGGGCUGCCCAAGCGCAAGGCGCAUCACCACCGACGCGCCUCACCGCAGCAGCUGACUCAGCGGCACCUGAUGAAUGGGUACCCUGCUCCAGAUGACGAGUCCGACAGCUCGGACACAGCAGCCCUGCUACCCCCUGGAGAAAGCAGUCGAUCUACUUCACAUGUGCUACAUACGUGGAACUCUCAUGAAGGUGCUGUGGCGAGAAGGCAGCUGGAUCUGGCUCCUGUUCCGCAGCCACUGCCUCCUGCUGUCGUGCCUCCAUCUCACAGUGAACCAUCACUUCCUAGUGGUGCAAAUGUGGAAUACUAUCCAAUAUGGACCAAACCUACAGUUCCUGCUGUCAGUGGUAGUGGCUCAGUAUAUGAAACUCUUUACCCACGCACAGAACCGCCUCCUCCACCACUGCCGCCUCGCGCAUUUCCCCCACAAAAUGGUUGUUCGAAGCAUCACCGUCCACUAGAGAGAAUGUGCGCCUUACCGUAUCCUGGAGCGGGCCCUGGGUCGGAUCCACCAGAAGUGCCACGUCACAACAAACCUAAGACAGCCAGACACACAGCUCCUAGUCUGCCUCCUAAACCUAAGAAGAUUGUUAACCCAGAAGACACUUUUGCUUUUGAGAUUGUUGACACAGAUGAGCUUAAUCCUACAGUGACAGCUGUUACGUCGUGUUCUAGUCAUAAAAACGCACAACCUGUUUCGUGUUACAAUGGACACAGUGCUAGUGGACCAUUGACAAACAGUGAACGUGCUGUUUCUGUACGUAGUGUUGAUGAAGCCCAGCCGGUGAAACAAUCAGAUAUUCCUGUAGAGGAGGCUAAAAGUGAUAGUAGUGAUGCUUGCAGAGGAAAGUUUCCUCCUACUAUAAACUCGAGAGUUGGUGAUACUGCACCUGCCCAGGGUGAAGUCAGUGGUUCGGCACAGUCUGAUUUACAGAGAUCUCACAGACAUGAUGCUUUUCAUUUGGAUAGUGAAGGUGUAACUGGAGUUUCUAGCAAGAGGCCAACACAGCUGGCUGUAAAUGGGUGUGUGGGAGAUACUAAUAAUGAUAAUGAAGGGCAGACUUCAGCUGUUGCUGCACCAUUGGCUACCCCUGAGCAGGACAGCAGUUUAGUAGACAGUUCCUCAGUUGAAAAUUUGCUUGAUGAGGAUGCAGAAGAAGAAGAGGAAGAUUCAGUUUUUUUACCACAGGCUAGUAGUGUUUUAGAGCCAUUGCAAAUUCCAGACAGUAGCUCCACAGUUUCUGCACAAAUACCAUUUGGUGCCAUUUCAGAAGUUUGUGUUGUUGACAGGUCAAAAUACCAAAGUGCUAGUUCCGGAAGGCCAGUAAAUGACCAAAAAAGCCAAAGAAAUGACAUUUGUACACCUGCUUCAUCAUCUGUCUCUAGUCAAACAAAUCUGCCAAUAGAUGAAUGUGGUGUGUCAGUUACAAAGAAACAAACAAGCUCAGGUAGAGAGGGCACAUCUGACAGUCAUAACUUAAGUGAAGGAGCACCUUUACAAGACCAUACUGGGGCUACACCUGUAAUACUUACAGAUUCCUUGUCAGAAGGAGCAGCAACACCAAACUGCAGUGCCAGUAAUCAAGAUUGUCAAGACUGUGAUACUUCAGAUCCAAAUAUGUCUGAUCUCUCAAGCUUCUUAUCAGUUCCAAACACAUCUUCUUCCCUCUCUCCAGUUUCUCCCAAUUCUGCAUCAGAAUCGGGAACUGUUCUCUCAACUACUACGGAAUGUAGCAACAGCUCAAGCUCAGACACUGGUACUAUGAUUCUCAGCAACCGCAGCUCCAGUACAGAUUCCAUUGUUUCUGGUAUUGUGAAUAAUGUGGCAAAUUUAGAAGAACAGCUGUUAUCACCGCAACAACUAUCACAGGAUUCUGUGUGCACAGGAGAAGGCUCCAUCUGUCCCCUAAUGGCAGAGAGGGAGAGACAAGACUUUUUAGAUCCUGGAGGAAGAAGUCUUUCAGAAGAACACGAGGCACCACCACGCACUCACAGGCCUCUGUCACGGCAGGUAAGGAACAUUACAGCAUUUACCUGGCUGCACUUAUCUUUGCAUGAAUCACUAUAG